GCAAAAAGAUCGUCUUGGAGUUGGAACCUCAAGCCAACGCAGGGCAACAACCUGGUACCCCUUCAGAACCUGAAGUUGUUAUCCGGCAGAUUGCAGAUGGCACCUUGCUGGUGCACCCGUCCAAGGCCACCAUCACCGCCCGCCGGAUCCAGAUGCAAAUCUGCAACAUCCAGCGUGGCUUUCAACUCGUGGUUGGUGCCAAUGGUGGGUGGACUGGCAGUGAAGCUCAAGCCAAGUUGCUGCAGUGGCUUCUGAAAUUUGAACAGAAGCGUGCCCGUACUGCAUCUGCAUCUCGAUCCCCAUGCCCAGGCUCCAGUGCCUAUGGCUUUGACGUGGAAGACAAGAAGCCUGAUGAGCAACCUCCCGCUUCUCCACACUCUCCGACACCUGGGGCCCUGAUCUCCGAGGACGGGGCUUUGGCCUCUGAUGAUGGGGUCGAAGGGCAGGCUUUGAUGACCCAGCCAGAUCGCACAACUCAUGACAGUGAGAAGUCUGUGAACUCGUCCUCUUCUUCAUCGGCAUCGUCAUCAUCUUAUACCUUGUCACCUGCUCGGAAGCUGUACCAUAGCCGUGCCAACAUUCGUAAGGCACAAGCAGCUAUUCAGGACAUGUUGCCAAUUGUGUCUG